AUGUCCGGCCUCGCAACCCGCAUUUUUCCUCCUCCCAUAUCACCCAGAAGCCACUCGCUUCCGUCUCAACCGAACCGGUCAAAUCUCAAAGUAACUACGGGUACCAGUUCAACAGCCAUCCAGCAACCUGCACCAGCAGCUCAGGCGCCAACCCAUCGGAGAUCACACGCCUGCCACGCCCCGAUCAUAUUCCAUUACCGUGAAGAGAAGUCCCGGCGUGAACAAACUGAAGAGAGUGAAAAGGUGACGGACGACCUGAAGAAGCAGGGUAUCAAGGUACGGGACUUCCAGGCUGAGGUCGACGAGCAGAGGUUCGGCUGCGGCCAUGCUUGUGGUAAAGCGAGGGGCGGAUCGAACAACAGUGGGGCCGAGAAGCACUGA